CAGCCCAACAUGGCGGCUGCUUGCUAAAGCGACCAGCCAACACCUUCGUCUUUUUUAUCAUUGUCAGCAGUCAGGAAAUAACCAGCCCCUGUUAACAUUAACGAAGAGAGACUGUGAACGUCUGUCGCCCGUUUUCGCCUCUUGUGGUUUUUAUUCAGCCUUUGUUUGGCAUGUGAAGGUGGAUUGUGAGGCACAGUAGACGCACGACAGGAGUGAACUGACACCACAGUGGAGUGGGGUCGGAAGGUUUGUGCUCGGUCUUCACCUGUGUAGCGAUAUGUCACAUAGGUAAUUUCAGGCCUUUCUGUGAACCAGGCCUUCACUCCUUCCUCAUCCCCACCCCCCUGCACAUGAUGUCAUCACCACCGGCAAAGCACUCCGCCUCCUCCCUCUCCCCUGGGUCCCGGCUUGCGCCCACAGCAGCCCUGGACUCCCUGUCCCUGUCUUCCCUCCUGUCUGGGGAUUUAGACAAUGAUGGAGAUGGAGGAAGAGGAGGAGGAGAAGAGGAAGGGAUGGGAGACUUAGAAGUGAACCCGUAUGAUGGUUUGCCCUUCUCUUCACGCUACUACUCCCUGCUAGAAGAGAGGCGUCAGCUCCCCAUAUGGAGGCUCAGGCAGAGUCUGCUGGAGCACCUGGAGAGCCACAACAUGGUGCUGAUCAGUGCACCCAGUGGAGCUGGAAAAAGCACCCAGGUGCCACAGUGGUGUGUGGAGUAUGCUUUGUCCUAUGAAUUUUCUCAGGGGCUGGUGUGUUGUUCCCAGCCCUAUUCGGUGGCAGCGAUGAGUCUUGCCCUUCGCGUGGCUGAUGAGAUGGACCUCAGCCUGGGUCUGGAGGUGGGCUACAGGGUGUCUCAUGAUGACAGCUGUACACCCGACACCCUGCUCAGGUUUGUCAGUGACACUCUCCUGCUAGAGGAAAUGAUGUCAGACCCUCUGCUGCAUCAGUACGGUGUCGUGGUGCUGGACGAGCUCCAGGAGCGUACCAUGUCCACCGACGUGAUGCUGGGCCUGCUGUGUGAUGUCUGCAGGCAGAGGCCAGACAACUUCCGGGUGGUUCUCAUCGCUCAUCCGACGCUGGCACCUCGCCUCUCCGCCUUCCUGGGAUCGUCAGUCCCUCACCUAACCCUGGACAGUCUGCCCACUGACCCCACUGUCAGAGACCAGGAAAAGGGGCAUGAGGAAGUGGAGGGCAGCAAACCUCUUGAGAUGAACAGGGUGGAGACGUUGUACCGGGAGCUUUCGUCAGGGAAGGAACCGGUCGCUGCUGCCUGUCACAUGGUGCUGGAUUUACACAGAAGAGGAGAGGAAGGAGAUGUGUUGGUGUUUUUGGCCAGCGCGCAGGAAACAGAAGAGUGUGCGACCCUACUGGAGAAGGAGUGUGUAGCACUGAGUCCUCAGCUUGGCCCUCUCAGGAUCCUCCCCCUCCAUGCUGGACUCAGUGGGCUUACUCAGCGGGUCUACGAGUCCGAUCCUGAAGCUUCUACGCUGAGGGAAGAUGACAGGUCCGAUGGCGUGGACAGCUCAGUGCUGGGAGCAGGAGGUCCAGGCGUCAAAAGGAAGGUCAUCAUCACCGAUGCGCUUGGAGAGGCUUCCUUCUCCCUACGAGCUAUUCGUUAUGUGAUAGACACAGGCCUUCAACUCAAAACUGUUUACAACCCACAAAUAAGAGCAAACUCGCAGGUCCUGAGGACGAUCAGCAAACACCAGGCUGACAUGCGAAGGCAAAGGGUCAACAGCCACCUUCCAGGGCUGUGUCUCCGUCUUUACCCCCAGUCUCUAUAUGAGGAUGGGAUGGGGGAGGCUCAUUGUCCAGGGGUGGUGGAAGAAAACCUCAGCCACUUGGUACUCCUGCUGAAAAGGCUUGAUAUUGCAGACAUGGGGCAGUGCAAGUUCCUGGACAGACCGGCCCCUGAGGCUCUAAUGCAGGCCCUCGAGGAUCUGGACUACCUGGCAGCACUGGAUGAUGAUGGUAACCUGUCAGAGGUGGGCAUCAUAAUGUCGGAGCUGCCACUGGAGCCUCCACUGGCUAAAGCCCUGAUCGCUGCCUGCGAGUACGACUGUGUUGAUGAGCUGCUCACUAUAGCUGCUAUGCUCACAGCUCCUUCCUGCUUUGUGACAGCAGAACCCAGCAGAGAAGAGGCUGCUGUCACACACUGGCGACCUCUAAUGCACACUGAGGGAGACCACAUGACACUCAUAAACAUUUAUAACGCCUUCAUAGAGCAUAAUCAGGAUGAGGCGUGGUGCACGGCAAACUUCCUCAGUCAUACUGCCUUACGAUUGGCUGUCGUGAUCAGGGCGGAGCUGCUGGAGGUGAUGCAGCGAAUAGAGCUUCCUGUUUCUCCUCCAGCCUUUGGAUGCCAAGACAACUGCACAAAUAUCAAGCGUGCCCUCAUCUCAGGCUUCUUCCUCAAAGUGGCUCAUGAUGUAGAUGGCUUAGGCAACUACCUCCUGCUAACUCACCGCCAUGUGGCUCACCUGCACUCUUUCUCCUCCUACCUGUGUCGCCAGCCGUGCCCCAGCCCCCCCAAUUGGGUCCUCUACCACGAAUUCACCAUCUCCCGCGAUAACUGCAUCCGCAUUGCUUCUGAAGUUCACCCUCAGAUGCUGGUGGAGCUGGCUCCUCUGUACUACUUGGGAAACUUGCCAUCAAGUGAUGGCAAAGAGCUGUUGAUGGAGCUGAGGCACAGUCUGGAGCCUCAUUCGUACGAACAGGACGGAUUGUCGGAUGAGCACGGCAGGACUCACAGAGACACUGAUGGGACCGGAGACACUCACAAUCAGACUGAGCUGUGUGUUGUCCAAUGAGUCUAAAGAAGAGACAGAGCAUCUCAGGAGAAGACACUACACCCACAGCUGUCACUUUAUUGUUUGGUCUGAGAUUUGGUACUUUGUGCUUUGAAUUAGUCUGUGAAAUCUCAUUUGAGAUUUAAUUAGAAUAAUUAUAAUUCUUAAUUAUUUUAUUUACUGGAAAACACUAUUGUACAAUAUUGUUAAUAAAUCUUAUAUACAAUGGCUUUGGAAAAUAUUCAGGCCUAUUCAUUUUCUCCUUGUUGUGUUAUGUCCUGACUUAAUUUAAGAUUUUAUGUGGAAAUAUUUUCAUUAUUUUAUGAGGGAUUUCUAUGUUAUAAAAUAUAUAUUUAUAUAUUAAUAUAAUAGAAUGUGUACAAUGACGAUAGCAAUUUUAAGUUGUAGCACAACAAAAAUUGGAAAAAAUGACUUGGACAGAAUAAUUUGUCAAAGUGUACGCACUACUUGAGCUUGAGCAGAGAGUGUGUUAUUGGAUGACUUUUGAGCUCUAUGCAGACACCCAUUAAGAGAUGCCUCCUCAGGGCCUACUGUGAUCCAUGAUGAUGCUGUAGUUGUUAUGCACAAAGCUUUUAUUUUCACCUUUUUGAUACUGUUUGUAUAAUGGCUUGGGUUUCCUCCUUACAUUUUCCUUCAUUCUGCUUUUUUUCUUUGUAUAAAUCAUGAAAACGCUUUGUGUAAAGUGGAUUGUUAUUGUCCUAUUUAAUAGGACAUAUCUGUCAAUACAGUACUUCAGUACAUAAAAUAAAAGUAUGGUUUUUCAUGUUUGAAA